AGUGCCCAGUAAACAUUGGCGUGAGCCGCGCCGGCUCCGCGAUGGUGGCGGCGCCGUGAGGGCGGGGGGGAGGGAGGGAGGGGGGGCGGCGGCGACGGCGGCGGGCCGGGGCCAUGGACGAGCUCAAGCACCAAGUGAUGAUCAACCAGUUCGUGCUGGCGGCCGGCUGCGCCGCCGACCAGGCCAAGCAGCUGCUGCAGGCGGCACACUGGCAGUUCGAGACUGCGCUCAGUGCUUUCUUCCAAGAAACAAACAUCCCCUACAGCCACCACCAUCAGAUGAUGUGCACUCCUGCCAACACGCCGGCCACGCCGCCCAACUUCCCCGACGCCCUCACCAUGUUCUCCCGCCUCAAGGCCUCCGAGAGCUUCAACAGCAGCAGCCCCGUGGCCUCCAUGGCGACAUCCCCGCCGCCCCCGGCCCCACCGCUGCCCCAGCAUGGGGCCUUCAACCCCGCCUGGCCCACGGCCUCGCCCCCCGGCCAGCAGCAGAGCAUGUGGACUCCAACCCCCCCAGCGCAGCCCGCGGGCUGGCCUGCCACCGUCUCCCAGCAGGCCACAGCAGAACAGAAGGCCAAUGUGACCAUGGAGGCGGAGAGAUGAGGCUGCGGUGGAGAGCGAUUGCAGCGGGGACCCCUACAUAUAAAUUUAUAUAUAUUUUUUCCCCCUUCCCCAAAGAGGAAAGAAACUCUGCUGCCAGGGGGUCUGGCAGCCACAGAGACACACGAGCAAAUAGCUGCCUUGCAUGGGUUUGGUUUGAAGUAGUUUUUACUUGUCCUAGAGCUGAACAGAGCUCCCCAGGGACAGCGGGAGGCUGCGUGGGACGGACUGCUGCCAGCCUCUGCCUGGACUGGGGCAGGGUGCAGCCCCCUCCUUUGGGACACUGGAAUUUGCAUGCGAGUGACACUUACGGAGGAAGAGGUUCCUUCUUCACGGUCCCUGCGCCAGACCUUGCCCAAGUGCCCCCUUCUUCUGGCCUCACGUGGCAGGGUGGGGGGCAGACACCCCACGUUGGUUCUUCGCGAGGAGAAGGAGAGCAAGGGCUGCUCCUGCACCCGGCGUGUGCUGUGCUGGGGGUGAGCAGGGCUGAGGCAGGCGCUGAGCCCCAGGGGCAGAUGCGGAGCCCUGGGUGAGUCACACACCAUCCCCUCACCCUCCUGGGAUGGGGUUUGCCCUGGGGCUGUUUGCAUGACAAAGUGUAACCCUACAGACUGGGAUCAUUUUUAACCCCUCUGUUCUUUUCUUCUCCUGGCAGCUGCAAGUCUCUCUGGACAUGCUGCAGCUGCUUGCAAUACACGCUCUGCUUUGAA